AUCAACCGGGAGGCGUGUCACUUCCCAGGGUUCCCUGUGCUGCAGACGCUGCUGACCAAACACACCAGCGUCCCUGAGCUUUACUUCCUGCUCAUGGCUCUGUUCCUGCAGCAGCCGGUGACCGAGCUGCCAGACAGCCUGCAGGAGCAUUUUGACCUGGACUCCACCUGGACGUUCAUCCUGGGCGCGCCAGCCUCCAGCUCCAUGCUCAGCUCCAUACACAGCGUCUGCUCUGAGGCUGCCUUCCUGCUGCUGGCCAUGCUGCGCAGCAUGCUCAACCUGCCCUGGCAGUCUGAGGAGGAGGGCUCCUGGCUGAGAGAAUACCCCAUCACCCUGAUGCAGUUCUUCAGGUUCCUCUACCACAACGUGCCCGACCUGUCGCCCCUCUGGCACAGCGCCGAGUUCCUCUUCUCCCUGGCUGCCAGCGUGUUCCCCUUCAACAUCAGACCCUACUCUGAGAUGGUGAGCGACCUGGAGGACGAGGCGGGAUCUCCCGCUGAGGAGUUCAAGGCCUUCUCCAGUGACUCAGGCAUGAACCGCAGCCAAUCAGAAUACUGCAACGUGGGCUCCAAGACCUACCUGACCAAUCACCCGGCCAAGAAGUACGUGUUUGACUUCAUGCGGGUGCUGAUCAUGGACAACCUGUGCCUGACCCCCGCCAGCAAGCAGACACCCAUCGUGGACAUGCUGCUGGAGGCGUCCCCGGAGCGCUCCACCAGGACCCAGCAGAAGGAGUUCCAGUCUUGCAUCCUGGACAGCGUGAUGGAUCACCUGCUGGCUGCUGACGUCCUGCUGGGCGAGGACGCCUCCCUGCCCAUGGCCAGCGGCGGCAGCUACCAGACGCUGGUCUCCAACGUGUUCUACUUCACGCAGCGCGUGGUGGACAAGCUGUGGCAGGGCAUGUUCAACAAGGAGUCCAAGAUGGUGGUGGACUUCAUCGUGCAGCUCAUCGGCCAGUCCAAGAGGCGUUCCCAAGGCUUGUCCCUGGAUGCCAUCUACCACUGUCUGAACCGCACAGUCCUGUACCAGCUUUCCCGACCGCACAAGACGGUGCCCCAGCAGGUGGCCCUGCUGGACGCUCUGAGGGUGCUCACCGUCAACCGUAACCUGGUGCUCGGACCGGGGAACCACGACCAAGAGUUUGUGUCCUGUCUGGCCCACUGCUUCAUCAGCCUGCACGCCGGGAGCGUGGAGGGCUUCGGCCUGGAGGCGGAGGCUCGUAUGACCACCUGGCACGUCAUGGUGCCCGCAGAGAACCAGGCCGACACCGGCCACAGCCAGGACGCCAGCGAAGGCCGGCAGCUCCUGCUGAAGGCGGUGAACCGCGUGUGGACGGAGCUGAUGCACAGUAAGCGUCAGGCCCUGGAGGACGUCUUCAAGGUGUCUCUGCCCACCAACGACCGCGGACACGUGGACAUCAACACUGCCCGGCCCGCCCUGGAGGAGCCCGCCCUCAAGAGCUGGCAGAACCACCUGGCUCAUGAGAAGAAGAGCAUCAGUCGUGGGGAGGUGGUGGCCCCGGUCAGUCAGUCCAAGCUGUCCAGGGUAAGCAGUGGCUUCGGUCUGUCCAAGCUGACCGGAGCACGCAGACACAAGAAGGACAACAGCCUCAACAAGGGCAGCAUGUCCACUCAGGAGGCCUUCCAGUGGAUGUUCACCCACAUAGGCGUGGUGAGGGACCUGGUGGCCAUCCAGUACCGGGAGGCCCAGGAGAGGCAGCAGAACUCUCUGAAGUACGUGACAGAGGAGUGGGCGUCUAUAGAGUAUGAGCUCCUGCGUGAGCGCGGCCUGUGGGGCCCUCCCAUCGGCUCCCACCUGGACAAGUUCCUGCUGGACAUGACGGAGGGCCCCUGUCGCAUGAGGAAGAAGAUGGUCCGCAACGACAUGUUCUACCUCCACUACCCCUACGUUCCAGAGCCGGAGACCAUCGCUGGCUCAGCGCCGAAGCCUGUGCGGUACAGGCGUGCGGUGAGCUACGACAGUAAGGAGUACUACAUGAGGUUGCUGUGUGGGAACCCGGGCAUGUACCAGCACUCUGUGGAGCAGAGCACUGAGGAGACUACACACCACGAGCCAGAGCACGGAGAGGACACCAUCGCCAGGGUCAAAGGCCUGGUGAAGGCCCCUCUGAAGCGCUCUCGCUCCACGGCUGACGGGGCUGACGAGGAGAGCCAGGAGCUGCUGCAGGAGCAAGGCCUGGAGGCCGGGGGCGCGGAGGAGGAGCAGCGCACCGACAACACCAGCCUGCUGCGCCUGCUGGAGGACGGAGAGAAGAUCCAGCACAUGUACCGUUGUGCCCGGGUUCAGGGGCUGGACACUAGCGAGGGGCUGUUGCUGUUUGGGAAGGAGCACUUCUACGUGAUCGACGGCUACACCAUGACGUCGGCCCGCGAGAUCAGAGACAUCGACACUCUGCCGGCCAAUCUCCAGGAGGCCAUCAUCCCCCGGGGUGCUCGGCAGGGUCAGACCCAGCUGAAGAGGAGCUGCAGCAUCUUCGCCUACGAGGACAUCAAGGAGGUGCACAAGAGACGCUACCUGCUGCAGCCCAUGGCUGCGGAGGUGUUCUCAGGAGAUGGGAGGAACUACCUGCUCGCCUUCCAGAAGGGAGUCCGGAACAAGGUCUACCAGAGGUUCCUGGCGGUGGUGCCCUCGCUGGCCGACAGCUCAGAGUCGGUCUCGGGCCAGAGACCCAACACCAGCGUGGAGCAGGGGUCUGGGCUCCUCAGCACGCUGGUGGGGGAGAAGUCGGUCACCCAGAGAUGGGAGCGAGGAGAGAUCAGUAACUUCCAGUACUUGAUGCACUUGAACACGCUGGCCGGACGCUCCUACAACGACCUGAUGCAAUACCCAGUCUUCCCCUGGAUCCUGGCCGACUACGACUCGGAGGAGCUGGACCUUAACAACCCCAAGACAUUCCGGAACCUGUCUAAGCCAAUGGGAGCCCAGACUGACGACAGGCUCACCCAGUACAAGAAGAGGUUCAAGGACUGGGAGGACCCGAACGGCGAGACUCCAGCGUACCACUAUGGCACCCACUACUCCUCCGCCAUGAUCGUGGCCUCAUACCUGGUCCGCAUGGAGCCCUUCACCCAGAUCUUCCUCAGGCUGCAGGGAGGCCACUUCGACCUGGCUGACAGGAUGUUCCACAGCGUGCGUGAAGGCUGGCUCUCUGCCUCCAAACACAACAUGGCCGACGUAAAGGAACUCAUCCCGGAGUUCUUCUACCUGCCUGAGUUCAUGCUCAACUCUAACAACUUCGACUUAGGAAGUAAACAGAACGGCGUGAGGCUGGGAGACGUGCUGCUGCCAUCCUGGGCCAAGGGAGAUCCUCGGGAGUUCAUCAGGGUCCACAGACAGGCGUUGGAGUGUGACUACGUGAGCUCUCACCUCCACGAGUGGAUCGACCUGAUCUUCGGCUUCAAGCAGCAGGGCCCUCCAGCCGUGGAGGCAGUGAACGUGUUCCACCACCUGUUCUACGAGGGCCAGGUGGACAUCUACAACAUCAACGACCCCCUCAAGGAGACCGCCACCAUCGGAUUCAUCAACAACUUUGGACAGAUCCCCAAACAGCUGUUUAAGAAGCCCCACCCCCCCAAGCGCGUGCGGAGCCGCUCUAACGGGGACCCCCAGGGCGUGCCCUCCUCCGUCAGCUCCACCGCUGACAAGAUCUUCUUCCAUCACCUCGACAACCUGCGGCCCUCGCUCGCCCCUGUGAAAGAGCUGAAGGAUCCUGUGGGCCAGAUCGUGUGUACUGAUAAAGGCAUCCUGGCGGUGGAGCAGAACAAGGUCCUAGUGCCCCCCGUCUGGAGCAAGACCUUCGCCUGGGGAUACGCAGACCUCAGCUGUCGACUGGCCAACUACGAGUCAGACAAGGCGGUGGUGGUGUACGAGUGUCUCUCUGAGUGGGCUCAGAUCCUGUGUGCCAUCUGUCCCAACCCCAAGCUGGUCAUCACCGGGGGAACCAGCACAGCCGUGUGUGUGUGGGAGACCGGGACAUCCAAGGAGAGGAACAAGACCCUCACCCUCAAACAGGCUCUGCUGGGCCACACAGAUGCGGUGACGUGUCUGACGGCGUCAGCAGCGUACCACAUCAUGGUGAGCGGUUCCAGGGACCGCACCUGCAUCCUCUGGGACCUCAACAAGCUGGCCUUCGUCACGCAGCUCCGGGGCCACCGGGCCCCCGUCUCUGCUCUCUGCAUCAACGAGCUCACGGGAGACAUAGUGUCCAGCGCUGGGACCUACAUCCACGUGUGGAGCAUUAACGGCAGCCCCAUCGCCAGCGCCAACACCUUCACUGGCCGCAGCCAACACAUCCUGUGCUGCUGCGUGUCGGAGAUGAACGAGUGGGACACGCAGAACGUCAUCGUCACCGGACACUCCGACGGCGUCGUCAGGUUCUGGAGGAUGGAGUUCCUACAAGUCCCAGAAACCCCUGCUCCAGAGCCGGUGGAGCCAGACGUGCCUGACUGCUGUGAGGACAAGAUGGUUGAGGGUCGUGAGCCCCAGAAUGGGGAGGAGGACAGCAGUGAGUCUGACGGAGAUGAGACCAGCCUGGGCCCAGAGCCCCAGCCCCUCCCCCACGCCUCCCCUGCCCCCGGCAGUGCUCCGAGCAGCGCCCCUGGCAGCGCCCCCGGCAGCGCCCUGCACAGACCCAAAGGUGUGGUGGGCCGCUCUGGGGCCUCCUGGUCUGUGGACAGCGGCUCUGACGACUCCCGCCGCUGGUCCGACACGCUCAGCCUGGACGAGAAGGACGGCUUUGUGUUUGUCACCUACUCAGAGGGCCAGGGAAGGCCAGCAGGGGCCCCCCCAGCCCCCCUGCACCCCCACACAGCCCCUCCAGCCCCCCAGCACCCCCACACAGCCCACCCAGCCCACCCCCACACAGCCCACCCAGCCCCCCUGCAGGCCCCACAGCCCCUCCAGCACCCCACCACCAUGGAGGCUCGCCCCUACGGCCAACUCAGAACCGGCUACAGAUGGGAGCGUCAGCUUGUGUUCCGGAGCAAGCUCACCAUGCACACGGCCUUCGACCGCAAGGACAACGCUCACCCGGCUGAGAUCACCUCCCUCGCCAUCUCCAAAGACCACAGUAAGAUCCUGGUGGGAGACGGGCGGGGCCGUGUGUUCAGCUGGUCGGUGAGUGACCAGCCGGGCCGCUCGGCUGCGGACCACUGGGUGAAGGACGAGGUGGUAGACAGCUGCUCUGGCUGCAGCGUGCGCUUCUCUCUGACGGAGCGACGUCACCACUGCAGAAACUGUGGCCAGCUCUUCUGUCAGAAGUGCAGUCGUUUCCAGUCAGAGAUCAAACGUCUGAAGAUCUCUUCUCCGGUGAGAGUGUGUCAGAACUGUUACUACAACCUGCAGCACGAACGCAGCGCCGACGACAGCUUCAAGAACUGAGGGCCUUGCGACCUGCCUUCCUCCCCUCUCUCCCUCCCUUCCCUCUGGGUCUCCCUGCCUGUAACCUCCUGGUCUCUCUCACCCCUGCCCUGAAAUACCUCCCCCUUCCUUCUCUGAAUACCUGUAAACACACACACACACACAGUAACCGUACUUAACUCACUGAUGUAGACUAAAAGGGAUCACCUGACCGUAAUGUGUCAGUUGUCGUAACCGUGGCGAUUGACUAGCACGCCCGGAAACGGGAUGGAGGGAAGUAAGGGGGAGAAGAUGUGGAGAGAGAGUGAAAAAUAAGCCGACACGAGGGGUGUCAUGACAUCAUUCACACUUUAACAGUCCACACUCAUUAUAGGACACAAACAACCUUGAAACUCCAUCCUCAAUAUACCACUGGCUAGCUGGCUUGUAGACCAACAGGAUACAGGGAUAACCUCCCCUUAGAACGUGAGAUAAACUUGUUUAUAUUGUAAAUACUUACAAUGGCCUUUUUAAACUAGAGCAAGAAAACAGGAAAAAUAUGAUUAUUGAGAAGAAAAGGAAAACAAACAAAAAAUGUCAUUGCCUGUAAUAUAGCUUUGUGACUAACCACUCCUGGCUUUAAAACAAAAAAGAUUGUGCAGCUGAUUAAGUCACUAUUCACCUAGCCCUGCGGGAAUAAUAUGUGGGACAAUGAAUGUUAAUAAUAAUUGUAUGUGGGUUGAUAACUAGUGAGUCUACUUAUGCAAUUUUUUUUUACGUUUACAAAUAUGUGAUUUAUUUUGUUGCCCACAGUAUCAAGCCAUUGCCAUCAAUGAGAGAUUUUUUUUUUUUAUCCCGUUUGCCAAAUUGCUUUGAUAUAUCAUGUAUUUUGGUAUGAAUUAAGAACUAUCAUGUCGAUUUUUACCUAUCAUGCAGUCUUGUAAGUUGUCCAUUUGUAAUAAGUUGUAGGAGCUGUUUAUUUUGUUGCUGCUUGUCCAGACGAGUGACAUAAUUUUUUAUUUUAUUAUUAUUUUGUCUUCCUUUUUACCAUAUCAGGGGUUUACAGAUAACUAUAUACUGUACUUCAUAGGAUGUAAGAGUUAGUUGUAUGUCUUCAAGAGGGAAACCAUCGAGGUUUCAUCAACUCUGAAAUGUAAUAUCAGCGUAUGAAAUAUAUAUAUAUAUAUAUACACCGCCGUUUCCAGUUACUGUAUGCAUGGCAUUGGUCUUAAGUUGCAACAUUUUGCACACAAACAGGGAUUGUUCCCCCCUCCCUCCCCCUCGCUCAUAUCUGUGUCAUGUGAUUGUGCUGACAUUUUAUUUGUCACAACCAUUUGAAACAAUUUAAAGUUUGAAUCACAAGAAAUGUAUAAAAACCGUUAGACAUUGUCCAGAGUGUCUGUUACGAGUAAAGGCGAAAAGAUUACGGUCAGACGCAGUAAACUGUCGAAUUUCAGGUUGUACAUGUAGCAUUGGCUGAACGUUUUCCUCCCGGAACGCAGCGGUUUCAUUCUGCUAUUACAAAGCAGAGAAGAGGGAGAAUAUUAUUGGUCUGACAGCAUGAAAAUAAUCUCAAAAAGCCUUCCUCUAAACUGGAAGACGCCAAGUAGGGAGAGAUGUUGGGCGGUCAUCGACCACCGUAAGAUGUCGACCUCUGCCAAGUCGAUUCAUACCUCCGUAAGAGAGUUUUAUCUGGAUCGUUUUAGCGACACAGUAGGCCUAUCGCCUUGAUAUAUCUGAAUAAGGAGUGUAGCGUGUAACACCUAAUUGAUGCCGUUAGACGCGAAUGGGUUUUGAUAUUUCACUUUCGAUGUUAGAUAAUGUGAUGUCUGUUUGGUAGCCUGGUCCUAGUGAAGCACAAGGUUCCUGAUUAUGUAUGUGGAGAACAUUGAAACGAGAGCGUCCUGAGACUACAGAAGUAGUCCUUCCUCGUGUCAUUUUAUCCGUGAUGCUGUGGGCAACCUUGCAGCUUUCUGUACAUGAGACGUUUCCUUUUGUUUGUUUUUUUUACUCUCGCGAGAACACUUCUAACACAAGAGUAGUAGUUUGGGAUUCACUGUCAAGUUCCCUUAUUGUCUGCCAUAUAUUAUGCACUCUUAUUAUUAUUGUUAUAUCAUCCUACAUUUAUGUACUGUAUUUAGUGUGCAAUCGUAACAUCUAGCUGAGAAGAUUUAGCAGCCACAAAAGCAUCUCUUUAAAAAUCCACACGAUGGCUGAUAUCAAUCUGAAUGACUUUUGCACCUUUACUUUGUAAAGUCGGAACAGAAUCAUGAUUUUUAUUGAAUGCCAUUUUAUGUUGUGGGCUAUCAUUUCAAAGAAGACACAUUACACCACAGUGAAAUUAACUGUAUAAAGUAUUUAUGCAAUUUUACUGAUUUUAAGCUUUUUUUUUUAUUCUUGUAAUUUCAGCAAGUUUUGUUACUUGUUGCAUGUCUAUUAACAUAGCUGACUUUCUGUGUCAGUGUUAUGUACAUGUUCUUGGCAUUAUUCGUGUUUGUUCGUAUUUUUUUCUUUUUUUUCUUCUCAAUUUUCCAAGGCAUCGUCUUAUGAGUUGUUACAAGCCCCGAGCGAGAGAUAUGUGUACAGUUUAUGGCUGGAGUGCUGGAGAUUAAUUCAUUGACUCCUGGUGGACUUUUGUACUCUUUAUGGAAUCAAAGAAUUGAUUGAGAAAAUCAUGGAUUAUUUUGGUGGUCUUGUAUUGGACUGCGUUACUUAAGGAUCUGGUGUGCAGUCUGUGAUAGCUGAAUGUUCCAGGUGUGUGUGUUCAGUACGACAAAGAAGAUAAAACCGUAGAAUAACCCCCUACCGAAACAAUGUUACAAUAAUGCAAUAGAUCUGGUACUUAUUAUUUUGAUUUCAAUUAAAUUCUUGCUGUUUACCACCAAAUGCUGA